GUGCUCAUCAGUUUUUGGGGCGAUCCCAACGGGCUGCGUUGCCGCGGGAGGAUCCUCCUCGUUGCGACCCCUACUCCGGGGAAGUGGAUAGUUGGGACUCCAGACUUCGACGUUCAGCUCGCCGACCUGGCGGAGCACAGGGUCAUCCCCUUGGGCCGCGACGAGGACUUGCCUCGACGCCUGCUGCCCGAGACUUACUUCUUCGACGUGCCCAUCGCGGCAGAGUCCCUCGCCCGCAUGCGCCGGGCCGGUCGCGACCUCCUCGAGGUCUUCGGCUCGGUUGGGGCUGCGGGCGCUGCGCCGCAGAGAGGGCGCUGGCGCGUCUCCGACCCAGCUCACGAGGCCUUCGGCGACGAGGUCCCGGAGGGCGUCAUCGGCGAUGGAGAGCAGAUGGUCAUCCGCGAGUCCGUCGCGCUGGUUUGCAUCGACGAGGAGUGGGCGUCGGCCGCGCUCGUCGAGGAGGCCGACCUAGCCGAGUGGAGGCACUUGAAGGCCGCGGGCCUGGGCAAGGACCCACGGCUGCUGGGCGACGAGCGCAUCGGGGGCCAGCCGCACAUGAGCUUCCAGACGGUCGCCAAGCUCUCGCGUCCCGCGAACCGCCCUGGCUGGCCUUUCCAAGGGAAGGCCGGGGCGCCGGAGCUCCAGCGGGCCUUGAUGACGGCCAACCACGACUUCAUCAGCCACCACCUGGACUGGCGCACGAAGUCGGGCGUGAAUCUCCACGGCGUCGUCUGCCGCCUCCACCGGCGGCUGUGCGAGACGCCGUCGAUGCUCUACACUUACGACCAGGUCGACCCGUCGAACGUGGCGGGCGCCGAGUGCCUCAGCAGGUGGCUCUUCGAGGUUGACCGCGGUCCGCCGCAGCCCGAAGGGGCUCUGGCGAGGAUGGCGGCCGCGGCCGGGGCCGAGGGCGCGGCGGAUGCCGCGGCCGAGUCGCCGAGGCCGCCCGGGAGGGCGGCUAGCCCCUGCGGGGGCUGCGGUGGAGGGUUGCUCGGCUCCAUCCCCGACGUCGUUUGCCUCGCCGCCGCUUUCCUCGAGCUCGACGUGGGCGCCAAGCUGAUCGAGGUGACAAUCGUGCGCUUCGUGGCCGUGCCCAUGGCGACCCGUUCCCCCUUCCGGACCUGGGCAAAGGUGUCUCGUUUUUCUUCUCGGCCAUCCCUAUCGCCGUGUGACGCCGUCCACGGCCUUCUGAAGUCCACUGGCAUGUACUCGCAUCAGCCUCAGCACCUUCGACCGUACGACUUGACAAAGCUUCGGGUCUUGCAGGGCCUCGUCACGCCGCGGCCGCUCUGCGACAGACUGCCGCCGGUGGGCGUUCAAGCCCUGGACCGCGCCGACUCCGUGCUCUACCGCGCGGCGGCUGAGAUCGACGCGCUGUCUGAGCAAGGCCUCAUCGUGCUGGUGCGGCCCUACUGGGGCCCUCGCCUUCGUCGCGACAUGACGGCUCGCAGGGACUUCGUCAUGCGCCUGCGUGCCGUGAGUCUGGUGGGGUUCAGGCUGGCCAUCCCGGCCCGCAUCGGGUCCUUUUUCAUGGCAAAGAAGGGCGGCGAGCUGCGGCUUGUCCUGGGUGGCCGCGAGGCCUCGAGUCUCCACCGACGCCCUCCUCACUCGGCCCUUGGCUCCGCCGGGGCCCUCGCUGGGCUCGACCUGUCGCCGCAGGCGCUGCGCCGCGCUGGCCUCGCUGACGCCGGCGUCGACCCCCGCGGCGCUGGCGUCGACCUGCGGGGCGGGCUCUACCAGUUCGUCGACGACGACUUGGCGGACUGGUUUGGCUUCGACUUCGCGGAGCCCGCGGGCUAUUACGACAUCCUGGACGUCUGCGCCGAACUGGGCCGCGUGAACCUCGUCUUCCAUGAGAAGGUUGAGCCGACCCGCCUGUAUGAGUCCUUCGGCGUGGUGUUCGACGGGCAGGCGCGGAAGUUGCGACACACCGACGCGAGGGCCUGGAAACUCUACCUGCGGCUCCAGCACCUCCUCGGCGUGGGCGGCGCGACCGGCUGCGCGCUCCGCAUCAUCUACGGGCACCUCGUACACUUCUUCAUGCUGCUGAGGCGGGCCCUGGCGGUGCUCGACCUGGGCUUCCACUUCAUCGCCGAGCACCGCGAGAGGUUCGCCAAGUUCGACUCCGACCUGAUGGAGGAGCUCCGCGUCGCAAAGUGGCUGGUUUUCUUGGUGGAGGUCGACCUCGUGGCCCCGUGGGCCCCCUGUGGCGUACUGCAGCGACGCCAGCACCUUCGGCUACGCGUUCGGGAGCGGUGGCGUUUCCUGGACGUGGAGCCCGAUUUCCCGCGCGGGUCUGGUGACCGUCCGCUUGCGGCCAUGGGGGCCGAGGCGACGACCACCCUCGCGACCAGGCUCGUGGGCGACCCCGCUUUCGACUUUGACGACGAUUACCGCGGAGGCGCCUGCCUGGACCGUCGACCCUCUCGGACUACCACCCUCGAGCUUGACGGGAUCGUGCAGCCAGUUUCGGAUUCUGUGGUCGACCGCCGCCGCUGGGCCCUCAUCGUGCGAGGGGCCUGGAGGUACGCUGCGCCCAUCCACGUGAAGGAGGCGCGCGCCCAGCUGCUUGGCCUGUUCCGAGCCUCAAGGGGCACUGGGAUGCAUGGCCAUCGCAUCGGCAGCCUUGGCGACAACAUGUCGGCCCUCCUCAGCUUCGAGAAGGGCCGUGCCCGCGACUACGGCCUGCGGCAGCUGUGCAGGGUCGCCGCAGCGCGGCAGAUCGCCACGGACAUCCAGUGGCGGCAGCAGUGCGUCGAGACGGACCGCAACCCGACGGACCACGACUCGGGCGGCCGACCGGGGCGAGGUGCUGCUGGGCCGGCCGCA